AUGGAUACUCUCGUGGACGAGAGGAAGAGCGACCUCGGCGUUCAAGAGCUCAGCGCUAGUGAGAGGACGCCGUCCCCGCACCCCAGGUAUCGCGGGGUGUUCGAGAGAGUCACUCAUGCGUUGACUCGCUGGGCUGUUGAGACGAAUGGCAUCGAUCCUAUCCCUCCUUCUGACAGGACGGACCGCAGACUGUACCAGUUGUUCUUCGUCUGGUUCACGGCGAAUAUGAACGUCCUUGCCUUCGGUACCGGUUCCGUAGGACCGGCAUUCUAUGGACUGGGUCUCCGGGAGUCGCUCAUCAUCCUCUUGAUAGUUGAUAUCAUAUCAUGCAUCAUCCCGGCAUACUUCACCGUGUUCGGGCCAAAGCUCGGCAUGCGUUCAAUGGUCCAAGCACACUACACCUGGGGGUAUUACGGUGCUAUGCUCCCAAGCGCACUGAACGUCUUCUCGAUGGAAGGCUUCCUCAUCCUGAACACCAUCAUUGGCGGGCAGAUGCUUGCAAGCGUAUCCAACGGACAUCUGAACGACACCCUAGGCAUCGUGGUGAUCGCCAUCGUAUCACUGCUGGUGUCGUUCUGUGGGUACAGGGUCAUUCACUGGUACGAGAGCGUCGCGUGGAUACCAAACGUAGUUGCGUUCAUUAUCAUGUUGGGCAUCGGAGGAAAACAUCUCCACGACGCUCCUGCUUCUGAGCCAAUCUCAGCAUCCGCAGUCAUUACAUUCGCUACCAUCACAGCGUCCAGCGUGAUCAGCUGGUGUCCGAUGACCCCAGACUACGGGGUAUACCACUCCGCAAACGCAUCGUCAGUUCGAGUGUUCCUGUAUGCAUACGCCGGUUUCCUGGUCGCGAGUAUCACGGGUCACAUGUUGGGCGCAGCAUUUGCUGCAGUGGCGCUCUCCGGCACCAACCCAACUUGGCAAGCUGGAUUCGACGAUGGCAACAACGUCGGCGGGCUAUUCGAGGCCAUCCUGUCGCCCGCCGGAGGCUUCGGCAAGUUCAUGACUGCUCUGUGUGCUCUGACGAUCCCAAGCGCAUGCGCACCGACGAUGUACACCUUCUCCUCGAGUCUGAUGACGAUCAGCUACUACUUCGCAAGGGUACCUAGAUAUGUAUACGCGACGGUAUCCGCGGCUAUCUUGAUAGGUGUGGGCAUCGUAUGCGCAACACGGUUUUAUACCACAUUCACGGAUAUCAUGAGCCUCAUCGGGUACUGGAGUGUCGUUCACGGUGUGAUGAUCCUUAUCGAACACUUUGUCUUCCGCAAGAACGACUUCGCCGCGUACGACCUCAGCGCAUGGAAUCAGCCCCGUCGACUGCCCCUCGGCGUGGCAGCCACAAUGGCGUUUUUGUGUGCAUUUGGGAUCAUCGUACCAUGCAUGGACCAGGCUUGGUACGUCGGCCCCAUAGCGAAGGCAGGGAGCGGUGAUAUAGGCAUCAUUGUGGGGAGCUGCGUGAUAUGCGUUCUGUACCCCUGCUUCAGAGUCGUUGAGCGGUACUGGUGGAGGAAGUAA